UCGAACUCUGCCUUGAACAUCAAUCGUCAUAUGACCCAUUCUAUUGAGACCGCAAAGCUUGGGCCAUAUUUGUCUGUGCUAAAAUAGUUCCGUGGAGUGAGUGUGUGCAGAUAGUCAUCACAUUUUUGGGACCUGUAAAUAUUCCCACACUACAAAUACAAAAUGGCUGAAACAAACCCGAUCUAUGGACCUUUCUUUGGAGUUAUGGGGGCGGCGUCUGCUAUUAUCUUUAGCGCGCUGGGAGCUGCCUAUGGAACAGCCAAGUCAGGUACCGGUAUUGCCGCCAUGUCGGUAAUGCGGCCUGAACUUAUCAUGAAGUCCAUCAUCCCUGUUGUCAUGGCGGGUAUCAUUGCCAUCUACGGGCUGGUUGUGGCUGUACUGAUUGCUGGUUCACUUGAGUCUCCAGCCACCUAUACUCUGUUUAAAGGAUUCAUCCACUUAGGAGCUGGUCUGGCAGUGGGUUUCUCGGGUCUUGCCGCCGGGUUCGCCAUAGGCAUUGUUGGUGAUGCCGGUGUCCGUGGUACAGCACAACAGCCUAGGUUAUUCGUAGGAAUGAUUCUUAUCCUCAUUUUCGCUGAAGUGUUGGGUCUAUACGGUCUUAUCGUUGCCAUCUAUCUAUAUACAAAACAGUAAUUCUGCACUCUACUGUGCCUCGGAACUCUAUGUUUACAUUUGUGAUCUAUGCUCAGUAUCUCGCACAUCGUCGUCGGUAGCACAUAACAUAGAGACUGAGGCACACAUAGCAUAUUUCUAUAUUCCUACAUUUGCAUAUCUCCGGCACAGUGCGGACUAGAUGCUGCCCCGCACCGUGCCCUGAGAAGCGAUAUUACGUACAAUAUAUAAUCCACAAUAUGUAAUUUAUUAAAUUUGAAGUUUAUAGAUUAAGCUACCGAACGACGAAUUAUUUAUUUUUUUGCCCCCAUUUGUUUUCACGACUGAACAUUUGACAUAUCAGUUGUAUUUGCGCGCGCCCACCCAGCGAUUCAGUUUCCGACGAUAUCAGAUUUUAGAUUAUUUUAGUGUUAAGGCGAAACUAAUGUACAGUUAGAGUAGUAAAUUAAGUCCAAACAAGUUAUAAUUUAAUAAUUUUAUGAGCCCGAUAAUACCGCGUGGGUACUAUGAAACUAUAUGUAUUCCUCGAGAGUUGAUGUUGGACCUGGCUUAAGUAUUGUUACAGCUUUCCAUGUUAUAGUGGGUGUACUUAUCCAUACUAUUUAUAUCGUUGCGUGUAUUUAUGUAUCAUUGCUGUACUAGUGCUGAUUCUGAAGUAAAGAAGCAAGUUGCAAACAAUGUAUUGCCAGGUGUCAUUAAUAAACAUGAUUUGUACAUUCCAUAAUAUUUUGUUUCUACUUAA